GGGUGGAGCCGGGGAAAGGCGGCCCCAGGCCAGAGCGCAGCCAGCGGCCGAGGGAAGAGCAGGCAGGGCUGUCGGGGAUCAUGGGGGAGAGCGCGUUGGAGCCGGGGCCUGUGCCCGGAUCGCCGGCGGCGGGAGGCCCCGUGCACGCCGUGACGGUGGUGACCCUGCUGGAGAAGCUGGCCAGCAUGCUGGACGGGCUGCAGGAGCGGCUGGGUGGCCUGGCACGGAGGCAGGGAGGGCUGGCGGGCUCGGUGCUCCGCAUCCAGAAAGGCCUGGGCGAGCUGAGCAGCAGCCACGACCGGACGAGCAACAGGCUGGAGCAGCUGCUCAGCAAGACGGAGCGCGUGGGCUCGCACGCCGAUGUGGCCCAGGAGCGCGCAGUGCUCCGCGCCGCCCAGAUGCAGCGGCUGGAGGCCAACCACGGGCUGCUGGUGGCCCGCGGGAAGGUCCGUGUCCUGCUCUUCAAGGAGGAGGCGGAGAUCCCAGCUAGCGCCUUCCAGAAAGGGCCCGAGCCCCUCGGCCCUGUGGACCCGUCAGAGCCCAGCCCAGAACAGCCGGAGGCCGAAGGCGGGGAGAGCUCCGACGAGGAGCCAGUGGAGUCCAGGGCCCAGCGGCUGCGGCGCUCCGGGUUGCAGAAGGUCCAGAGUUUGCGAAGGGCCCUUUCGAGCCGGAAGGGCCCUGCCGCACCCACGCCCGCCAAGCCACCUCGCCUUGGGCCCGUCCGCAGCGCUGAAGGCCAGCCCGACGGCCAGCCCGAAGCAGCCCCGGCGCUGGAGCCCACAGCAGAGUCAGAGCCGCCGCAGAACACCGAGGAAGAUCCCGGGAGACCCGGGGCUGCAGAGGCGGCUGUGCUCCAAAUAGAGAGUACCGCCUGAUGGCCGGUGCCCCCUUGGUUCGCUUCUCCCAAAAUAAAUCCUCCACCGCAUGCAGCAUUUACGCCCAAAUAAGGAGUGACUCCUGCUUCCACUGCCUCUGGCUUCUGCUCUCAGCUCCUUCAGCCUAGCACCCUGUGCUGUCUCACACUUCGGUGUUGCAGCCACCAUCAAUAAAAGUGGUUUCGUCUA